CUGUCAUUUCACCAGCCGUCACAUAAUCACUCACCACACAUUUGGACUGCAAAUUGUUUUUCUACUAUUUCUAGUUAUUUCUAAGUAAAUUGCGAGUGGAUAUUGCUUUCAAUAUGUUAGCCCGCGCUAUCCGAGUGCGCCCCAUGAUGCGGGGCAUCGCCUCGGCGUCAGUGUGGACCCGGAAUCGUCCCGUCCAGAAUUUCUUGAUGCAAUACAGCCGGGAUCGGUCGUUGCGUUUCCAGCGAUUCCACGGAGCCAAUUUGAUGGUUCAGCGCUUCUACAGCCGCAAGCGGGAUGAUUCUGACGAAGAUCUUAUGUCGGAGAGUCAGGGACCCGAACUUAUGUCCGAUCGGGAUCCCCAGCUUCCGGCAACUGUGGCGGUGCCGGACGUUUGGCCACAUGUCCCGCUGUUGGCCAUGCGCAAGAAUCCUCUCUUUCCCCGCUUCAUGAAGAUUGUGGAGGUAUCCAAUCCCAUAAUCAUGGAUCUGCUGCGUCGCAAAGUCAAGCUGAAUCAACCUUAUGUGGGCGUCUUUCUUAAAAAAACUGAUGGCGAAGAGGAGCUUAUAACCAAUUUGGAUGAUGUCUACAAUCUCGGAACAUUUGCCCAAAUCCAAGAACUGCAGGAUCUGGGUGAUAAGCUGCGCAUGGUUGUGGUGGCCCACCGUCGUAUUCGAAUCACCGGUCAGGUGGUAGAGGACGUGCCACCUCCUAAGCCCGUGAAAAUGACAACUUUGCAUUAUCCUCUAUUUAAUAUAAAAUUACAAAUCCCAGCUGAAGAUCAAAGCACUGAUCAAGCGGAUGCUACGCCUAUAAAAUCAGCCCGAAAGCCUCGUGGCCGUAUACCCAGGAAUCGGACCGGAAAAUCACGUGAAUCGACGGCCGCUGAAGAAAUUGCACAAAACCAGACUCUAGAGCCGCCACUGAAAUCAGGCAAAGUCGAGUCAUCGAGUUCGCCAAAGCCUUCAACAGAAGGAAAAAAAGUGGAACCUGAGACGGAAGGAAAUGCCAGUCAAUCUGCGCCUAGCGCUCAACCUGUUCUAAUUGUAGAAGUGGAGAACGUUAAGCAACCGAUUUAUAAACAAACCGAAGAGGUCAAGGCAUUAACUCAGGAGAUAAUUAAGACCCUUCGGGACAUAAUCACAAUGAAUCCCUUGUAUAGGGAGAGUCUACAGCAGAUGCUGCAUCAAAAUCAACGAGUUGUCGACAACCCCAUUUAUCUGUGCGAUUUGGGAGCUUCCCUUUCCGCUGGAGAACCAGCUGAGCUGCAAAAAAUCCUGGAGGAAACAGAUAUCCCAGAACGUCUACAGUUGGCAUUAACUCUACUCAAAAAGGAGUUGGAACUGUCUAGACUGCAACAAAAAAUUGGACGUGAAGUAGAGGAAAAAGUCAAGCAGCAGCAUCGCAAAUAUAUACUCCAGGAGCAGUUGAAAGUUAUCAAAAAAGAACUGGGCAUCGAAAAAGACGACAAGGAUGCCAUUGGUGAAAAGUACCGCGAAAAGCUGAAGGAUAAAGUGGUUCCCGAAGCCAUUAUGACAGUAAUUGACGAAGAGCUCACCAAGCUGAACUUCCUAGAAAGUCACAGCUCCGAGUUUAAUGUAACAAGAAAUUACCUCGACUGGCUUACUUCCCUACCUUGGGGCGUUAUCAGCACCGAAAAUCUCUGCCUGGAGAAGGCCACUGAAAUACUUAACGACGAUCACUAUGGAAUGGAGGAUAUCAAAAAGCGUAUAUUGGAAUUCAUUGCCGUCAGUUCUCUUAAGGGCUCGACGCAGGGCAAAAUCUUAUGCUUCCAUGGACCACCUGGUGUGGGAAAGACAAGCAUAGCGAAGUCCAUUGCGCGCGCUUUGAACCGCGAGUAUUUCCGCUUCAGUGUAGGCGGAAUGACAGACGUGGCCGAGAUCAAGGGUCAUCGUCGCACCUAUGUGGGCGCCAUGCCGGGUAAACUGAUUCAGUGCCUGAAGAAGACCAAGAUUGAAAAUCCUCUGGUACUCAUCGACGAGGUGGACAAGAUCGGCAAGGGCUACCAGGGGGAUCCUAGCUCAGCAUUGUUAGAGCUACUAGACCCUGAGCAGAAUGCCAAUUUCCUGGACCAUUACCUCGAUGUGCCAGUGGAUCUCUCGCGAGUGCUCUUUAUUUGCACAGCUAAUGUGAUCGACACUAUACCCGAGCCGUUAAGAGAUCGCAUGGAAUUGAUUGAGAUGUCUGGGUAUGUUGCCGAGGAAAAGAUUGCCAUCGCUCGUCAGUAUCUGAUGCCACAGGCAAUGAAGGACUGUGGCUUAACGGAUAAGCAAAUCAACAUUUCCGAGGAUGCCUUAAACAUGCUGAUCCGCAGUUAUUGCCGGGAAUCCGGGGUGCGAAACCUGCAAAAGCAUAUUGAGAAAGUUAUUCGCAAAGUUGCCUUCCGACUGGUCAAGAAGGAAGGCGAGCACUUCCCGGUUAACGCUGAUAACCUGACCACAUUCCUGGGCAAACAAAUCUUCAGCUCAGAUCGCAUGUACGCGACAACACCCGUGGGUGUAGUCAUGGGUCUGGCCUGGACGGCCAUGGGCGGGUCAUCGCUUUACAUCGAAACCUCAAGACGUCACAUACGCCAGGGGGCGAAAACAGAUCCGAAUGCUGUUGGUGGAUCGCUGCACAUCACCGGCAAUUUGGGAGAUGUCAUGAAGGAGUCUGCUCAAAUAGCCUUAACGGUGGCGCGCAACUUUUUGUAUUCGCUCGAGCCCAAUAAUUUGUUCUUAGAGCAAGAACACAUUCACCUCCAUGUUCCUGAAGGUGCCACACCGAAAGACGGUCCCAGUGCUGGCAUCACCAUUAUUACUGCUCUCGUUUCCUUGGCCACUGGGAAGCCGGUGCGCCAAGACGUCGCUAUGACGGGCGAAGUAUCCCUGAAGGGAAAAGUGCUACCCGUUGGUGGUAUUAAGGAAAAGACGAUUGCAGCCCGUCGUAGUGGAGUGAAUUGUCUUAUCCUGCCUGUGGAUAACAAGAAGGACUUCGAGGAGUUGCCCACGUACAUUACAGAAGGCCUAGAGGUUCACUUUGCUACUACCUACGAGGACGUAUACAAGAUAGCGUUUACUGAUGUAACUGAAACGACAACCAACAAUGUUGUGGAGCAGGAGCCGCUGCAGAAGGUUUCCAGUGCGGCCGCUGCCAAGUCGGGAACAUGGCCUUAGUCUUAGCUUUAGCUUGGGGGUGUAACGGGUGUUGAUAGUUUUUAUAAAUAUCGAUCGUUAUCAGGUUAAUUAGUGUAUUUAGACCAUAGCAUUUGUUAAUCCUAAUGCCAAGUAAAUUGAAUGUACCAUCAAACUGAA